UGGAAGGGGGAGAAAGAUGCCGAGAAUAUCUACUCAGAAUGAGAUCAUCGAUCUGAUCAGUAAGCCGCUGGGCACAGCUCAAAUCUGUGUUGGUUCUCGGUUUUAUCUCAGAUCCAGAACCACACCGCUCUUCCAUCUCUUGCCGCACCGGUGCCGGGCGGUAUCGUUCUUUCCACCGCCGACAAAUAUCACCGCCUCUGUUUGAUUCAGCGGUUCCAGCAUUCGUUGAAGCAAUAAACAGUCAGAAUUUGGGGCUGGGAAUGAGGUAGUGCGGAGGAGGAUUAGGGUUUCGGAUUUGUUCCGAUGGCGGCUGCUGCUGCGGCUAAUGCGACGCCGUCGGUGGAUUCCGCGGUUUUGAGUAGCUGGAAGGAUGCGUAUGGAGGAAUGUCAUCUGACAACGUCAAGGGACUGGUUCUCGCGUUGUCUUCCAGCUUGUUUAUAGGUGCUAGCUUCAUUGUUAAGAAGAAAGGGUUGAAGAAGGCCGGAGCUUCUGGUAUCAGGGCUGGGGCUGGAGGAUAUUCAUACCUAGUUGAGCCACUUUGGUGGGUGGGAAUGAUUUCUAUGAUUGUUGGAGAAGCUGCCAAUUUUGCAGCAUACGCAUUUGCACCAGCCAUUUUGGUUACUCCUCUUGGCGCACUUAGCAUCAUUAUAAGUGCAGUGCUUGCUCACAUCAUUUUGCGAGAGAAGCUACAUACAUUUGGCAUUUUAGGUUGUGCUUUAUGUGUUGUGGGCUCCACCACAAUUGUUUUACAUGCUCCUCAAGAACGUCAGAUUGAAUCUGUGAAAGAAGUGUGGGAUCUUGCCACUGAGCCAGGCUUUCUCCUUUAUGCAUCCUUGGUGGUAACAUCAGUUAUGAUCAUUAUAUUUCACUAUGUUCCACGAUACGGACAGACACACAUAAUGUGUUAUAUUGGUAUUUGUUCAUUGUUUGGAUCGCUAUCGGUCAUGAGUGUCAAAGCAAUUGGGAUAGCGAUAAAGUUAACAUUGUCAGGAAUGAAUCAGCUAAUAUAUCCACAAACUUGGGCAUUCACUUUGGUUCUUCUGGUUUGCGUGCUUACUCAAAUGAAUUACUUAAAUAUGGCCCUUGACACAUUCAAUACCGCCGUUGUGUCACCGAUAUAUUAUGUUAUGUUUACAUCUUUAACCAUCUUAGCAAGUGUGAUCAUGUUCAAGGAGUGGGAUAGGCAGAAUGCUCCUCAAAUUUUGACAGAAAUGUGUGGGUUUGUCACAAUACUUUCUGGAACAUUUCUUCUCCACAAGACCAAAGACAUGGUGGAUGGUUCAGUGUCACACUCAUUCCGACUUCCAAAGCAUGCCGAUGAGGAAGAUGGUUUUGGUCAAGAAGGCGUGCUUUUGAUGCAUCAAGACUCCUCAAGAUCACCUUUGUAUAUCCCUCCUUGACUCUUGGGUACUCUGAAUUUUCAUCAUUAUUAUUCUUUUGUGCCAAUUCAGGUUGAAUCUAGCAGGCAGAAGGUCUGUGUACACACACCCUCCCCGUAUACUGGGCCUAUUGUUGUGCCAAAUUCAGGUUGGAAAAGAGAGGAAAAUUUGCAUUGUAUUCUUUGUCCAUGCUGUUGAAAGAGUUGGAGAUGAACUGAGAGGCUUCAGGUUGUGUUGUAUUCAAAACAUUUUUUUUGUGCUUCAGAUGAAGAUGAAAGGUUGAACCUUGUCAUGAAUGAAAAUGUGUAUUUGUUACUGUGUCAUACUCAUAUGUCCCAAUCCCAAUUUUUUUUUACCCACAUUGAGGAAGUUAAGAAAAGAGUGGAAACAUGUAUGGUUUCAAUGAGAGAAAUCUUGUGAGAUGUUCAUUGUAAAAAAAUGUGAGGUUUUUU